CGUUCUCCACCUCCACCAACAAAAAUGGCCUCCUUCGCCGCUCGCUCCUCCCAAGCCCUCCGCGCUGCAUCCCGCCGUGCGCCUCGCGUGGCGUCUCAGGUUGCCUCCAAGCCCGCACAGACCGCAGCCUACUCCUUGCUGGCGCGCUCUGCCGCUGCUGCGGCCCCCCGAAGGGCGACUGUCGAGGCUGUCCGUGGUCUGAAGACUCUGGACUUUGCUGGUCACCAAGAGGUCGUCUACGAGCGCAGUGACUGGCCCUUGGCUAAGCUCCAGGACUACUUCAAGAACGACACCCUCGCUCUCAUUGGCUAUGGCUCUCAGGGUCACGGUCAGGGCCUCAACGCCCGCGACAAUGGCUUGAAUGUCAUCGUUGGUGUUCGGGAGGGCGGCGAGAGCUGGAAGCAGGCACAGGAAGACGGCUGGGUGCCUGGCGAGACCCUCUUCUCCAUCGAGGAGGCCAUCAACCGUGGUUCCAUCAUCAUGAACCUCCUCUCCGACGCCGCCCAGUCGACCACCUGGCCGACCAUUGCCCCUCUCAUCACCAAGGGCAAGACCCUCUACUUCUCCCACGGUUUCUCCAUCGUCUACAAGGAGGACACCCACGUCGUCCCCCCCGCUGAUGUCGACGUCAUCCUCGUCGCCCCUAAGGGCUCGGGACGCACCGUCCGCACUCUUUUCAAGGAGGGCCGUGGUAUCAACUCGUCCAUCGCCGUCUGGCAAGACGUCACCGGCAAGGCCAAGGAAAAGGCGACCGCCCUUGGUGUUGGUAUCGGGUCUGGAUACAUGUAUGAGACGACGUUCGAGAAGGAGGUGUACUCUGACCUCUACGGCGAGCGUGGUGUGUUGAUGGGUGGUAUCCAGGGCAUGUUCCUUGCGCAGUACAAAGUCCUCCGCGCCAACGGCCACUCGCCCUCCGAGGCCUUCAAUGAGACCGUGGAGGAGGCCACACAGUCCCUCUUCCCCCUCAUCGGUGCCAAGGGCAUGGACUAUAUGUACAACGCAUGCUCCACGACCGCGCGUCGCGGCGCGCUCGACUGGGCCCCGAUCUUCGAGGCGGCUAACCGCCCCGUGUUCGAGAAGCUCUACGAGAGCGUGAAGAACGGCACGGAGACGCGCAAGUCACUCGAGUUCAACUCGCGCAGCACCUACCGCCAGGACCUCGCGAAGGAGCUCAAGGAGAUCGACGACCAGGAGAUCUGGCGCGCAGGCAAGACCGUGCGCUCUCUGCGCCCCGACUACAAGCCGUGAGAACCUCGAGCGUGAUUGUGGAUUUCUUUGGCAUCGUAGUUUUCGCGUUCCUUCUUUGUUUGUUGUUGCGACAAAAGCACGCCCGUGCAUUGCUUUCUCUUGAUAAUAAUCUCUCUUUUCCGAUCUGAACCGUCGUUGCGUGAUUC